GUUCCGACCGAUCAAAAUGUCAGCCUGUCGAAAAGCUUGUCCCCGUAAAACCAAUAAAAUAAAUGUGAAUCCGGCCAAGAAAAAUCCAUCGGCCAUUAUAUCGAUCCUCUGUCCGGAUAAAGAGAAACCAAAGACAGAGAAAAUGCCUAAGAAGGAAACGAAGCCGGUUUUUUUAUUAAGUAAUUAUAAGUAAAAAGAAGGGUACUUUAUUAUAGGUGAAUAUGUUAGACACAACAGUUGAAAGGACGCGCUAAAAGUUUAUUUAUAUAUUUUCCAUUUUUACACACUUAUCAAAAUGCCAACCAGUCGAAAAGCUAGUCCCCGCAAAACCAAGAAAUCAAAUGUGAGUCCGGCCAAGAAAAAUCCAUCGGCCAUAAUAUCGAUCCUUUGUCCGGACAAAGAGAAGCCAAAGACAGAGAAGAAGCCUAAGAAGGAAAGGAAGCCAGAGGAUCCAGAGCUCAAGGAUUGUCCCCGAACGAAGGGCUACAAGUCUGAGGCGGAUAAGAGGACCUAUCUCGAACAGGAAGUGAUUCCCAUUCUGAUGGAGGGUAUGUUGGGAUUGGCCCGCGAAAUGCCAAAGGAUCCCAUCAAUUAUCUGGAGAAGUUCUGGCUUUACAAUAAACACAAGUGCGACAUCGAGCUGCCUAAGAAUAUUCUCUAAUAUAUGUUAAAAUGUAACCCAAUCAAAUUUCAAAUCAAGAGCUGAUUAAAUGUUUCUGGUUCGGUGUUUAGCUUA